UUGGUGCGCGUUGCCGAACGAACCCUUAUACCAAAGAAAGGAAAGCUCUUCGUGGUGAAAACCCCCCCAAAAAGUGUGUUUGUGUGUGCGCGCGUUAAAAAGAGGAGCUUUUUUCGGGGAAGCUUUUUUUCGGCGCUGUGUGCGUGUGCGAUUCGUGUUCGUACUAGUGAUAACAGAGAACUCUUGAAGUGUGUGCGUGUGGUCCAUUUGCGCCUUUUUGACAACGUUUCCAAUUUUGUUGUGCUUGUUUACUAUUACUAGCCAGUAUCGAGGGGCAGGAGUGCGAAAACUUCGCGUGGCGCUUUUCCACGAGAGGCAAGGAUCCCUGUGUGAGUCACCGAGGAUCCCCAUCAUCGUCGCCCGUUAUUGCGAGGAAGAAGAAAAGUAAACCGAAAGCUCCCCGAAAGCUAAUAAAUAUUUGGUGAGAUAAAGCAGAGUAAAGUUCUGACGGUGGUGUAGUGCAAAAAAAAAUAAGAAAAUUAACUUUACAUAGAAGAAGUGGGAGCAUUUGCCUGGCUUAGGAGAGAACGUGACAAGUGACAAGUGAAGCCGGAAAAGCUUGAAGGCGAGUGUGUGUGUGUGGGAAAACGGUGGUGAAAAGAGGGAAAAAGAGAAGAGGAAAAACCACCAAACAGUUUGACCGCACCGUGGAACCCCAGACCGUUGACCGAGCUGCGGAUCGAGGGCAGACUGCUGUAAAUAAAGCGUAAGCUCUCCCUCCUCCGUGUGUGUGUGUGCACACCAUCGUCUGGGAAGCCCGGUUUCGGAUCACGCGAUAUACGGAACCACGUCGAGAUUCCCUGCAACUCUUAUCCCCGACACCCCGCCCGACUGCAUACAUUUUUAAUAACCGCAAUCAGUGCUCGUUUCACUGAACGUCGCUUCGCCUCUCGUAACGAUGGCAAGCAGUGUGAUGCAACAGCCGUCGUCGGCCGGCCGGUGCCAGCACCAGCACUCCCCACAACAGCAGCAGCAACAGGUGCUCCAGACCCAGCAGCAGCAAAUAGCCAUCGAGAUUGCGGCCGACCCGGUCCCUGGUCCGCUGGUUCCGCAGCACAUCCACCAGCAGGAACUGCAAGCCCACGCCCUCCUGGCCCAGUGCCAGCAGCCCCAGGGGACGCUCCCGACGCCGAACGUGGACAUCGUGCUGCGCGAAUCGACGCGGGCCAAUCUGGUCAGCCGGAAGGGCAAGGGUUCGUCCAUCGAGGAGGGUGGUGGCGGCACCGGCGGCGGCGGUGGCCGGAGGAGUGGCCGCUCGGGAAGCAGCAAGGACGGCGGCAAGGGCGGCGAUGGCAAGUCCGUGUACCGGAAGUUCUUCAAGCGCAUCAAGACCAUCCUGGACGGCAACGACCCGGAAGCGAGCAGCAAACCUGAAGCCGAAGAUCUGCCCGUUCCGCAGCGCUACUACCCGGACUCGCUGGUGGAGCUGACCCGGACGGCCCGCUUCUCCGAGGAUGAAAUCAAGCGAAUAUACCGCGGCUUCAAGGCGGAAUGUCCCACCGGGAUCGUCAAGGAGGAAACCUUCAAGGGCAUCUACUCGCAGUUCUUCCCGCUUGGAGCUAGCAGCGGCCAGUACGCACACUACGUAUUCAAUUCCAUCGAUUUGGACCGCAAUGGCUCAUUAAGUUUCGAGGAGUUUGUGGCCAAUCUGUCGAUUCUGCUGCGAGGCACCGUGGACGAAAAGCUCGCGUGGACAUUCUCGCUGUACGACAUCAACGGGGACGGGUCCAUCAGCAAGGAGGAGAUGAAGGAGAUCGUGACCGCCAUCUACGAGCUUAUGGGCAAGGUCCCGGAGGGCUGCGAGGAGGAGCAGGCCAUCAAGGACAAAGUCGAGCGGCUGUUUGAGAAAAUGGACCGCAAUUGUGACGGAAAAAUCACGCUGGACGAAUUUAUCGAGUGCUGCACCACGGACGAGAGCAUCCGCCGCUCGAUUGCCGUCUUCGAUACCAUCUUCUAAAGUGUUGCCAGCCAGCAAAAGGGCGGCAUUCUCGAGGAUUGACAACUUGAUCUUUUUUCCCUGCAAGGCAAUUUUAACGUUUUCAAUGGAACGCAGCAGAAUCUAAGCAUUUCUUGUAGAAUCUCUUUAUUAGUUGCGCGUAAAUUUGCUGGUGGUUGAUGUUUUUAGCGGAAUGCACCCAAUUGUAGGUCCACGGCAUUUGAUGUUUAGUGACAGCUGGCAACCCUUCCAGUGAGUGACAGUUUACCAACGGGACUAGGAAACGACCAAAAACCUUUGCGUUUAAGUCAUAUCAUGUGCAGAAAACAGUGGGCCCAAGAUGGUUUCGAUAGAUCGAAGCUCAAUACUUUUACCGAAUGAUAGAAAACAUGUUUAUUGUUGGUGUUUAAUUUGAUUAUUGAUGAUGCAAUAAGGUAAAUUGGAUUAAUGCGUAAAAAGCAGUUGCUUUAAUUGUAGAAAGAAGGCGAUUCAAGGCGUUAAAUAACAUUGUUACAACAUUUUGGGUCAGUUUAAUCAGCAAUCCAUUAGCUUAUUCCAUCGCACCACUUUCUAAAAAGUCAGUAGAACAGGAGGCCUACAUUGGAACAGCAAUAUAAGAUGUUACGCUAAUCCUAUACUUACUAAAACAAAAACACUCACACAAUAGCUUAGUUGAACUGUUUAAACUUUGAGGCACCCUACCAUAACGUAUAUGAAAUUGAAAAAAAAAAACUUUCAAGAAGAACAAAUAGAAGUCACGCUUGGCUUGGAAAUGUAAACAAUAAAAAAAUGAAUACGUUGUAGUAGAAGACUUGCUGAAAGUCUUAUUCGCGGACAAAAUUGAUCCUAAAAAUAGAGUCAAUGUUGUCCGCGAGGUCGGUAUAGUUAGUACGAAACAAGCAAGAAAAGUGAUAUAAAUGUUGUAAUUGUCAACAGGUAAAUAAUAUAAAUCGUACCGAUUGCAAUGUACUUUGGAUGGCCGCUUUACUUCCAGAAAAACAAAUUGGCAACAUCAAAUGGCGCUGUUAAAAUAAUGAAUAAGAAGAAAGCAUUCACACGAAAUGCGCAAAUAUGAUUUGCAGUAACUUUGGUCGUACAAAAAAAAAUCGUGAAUCAGUGUUCCAAACCAACUUCCUUGCGUAAAGCUACAGCUGAAAUGAGGGAAAGAUAAUACAACCGCUAACUUGGCAUAUGUAAUACACGUACCUUUAAUCUUACAAACAAAAAAAAAACUGUUAAAUGUUCAGAUGUUUUCCAUUACUCCAAAGUUUGAAAAAAGUUUCACAAACCUUAAACAAUCCUGUUCGGCUCUAUUAAUACUAUAAAUUAAAAAAAUAUUCAACUUUACAAACGUUUCCAAUCUUCCAACAAACAUCUCUUAUCAAGUUGUUGUAGUCCAAACUCUCAGAAAA